AGCAGGGGGAAUUUUGCCGGACACUGUAAACCGCAGUCCGCCGUCCGACAGAGUUCCGGUUGACCCGGCGGCACCGACCAGGUGAAUUUUUUUUUCUCUUCGAUUCGUUUAUUAUAGUAAGAUAAGACAGAAAAACUCGCAGCCUUCAAUGUUCUCUACAUCAUCUUCUUCUCCUCUCUGAGUCUCUUUUCAAAUUAAUCUCCCAAUUUUCUUUUAGCGAUCUCCUUCAAGGGAAAAGAAAAACGAUGACGGAACCUUGUACCCCAAAAGGACAAGAACGAAACACAUGCCACACCGAGGAAACAAGCAAACCGGAUCUUCAUGGGCUUACUGAUUCUGAUAGUAAGACUUUAAAGGAGUGGAUACAAUUUGAAAGAACGGUUUUUUGGGGACAGUCUCUUGGUACCAAAUUUGCAAAGGGAAGAGAUAAGCUUGUUGUUGAAACCUAUGCUGCUGAGUACUAUCGUCACUAUGCAAUGAAGAAAAAGGCCGAGAUGCUUCGUGGCUUUGCUACCAUGUUAGUAUCUGGUGCAGCAGUUCAGGAUGACCACAAAGAAUGGAUCCGUGAACAGCUGAAGGAAGAUAAUGCUCGUGAACUUCUUUUGAAUGCCAAACAUUUUACAACACAUUGGAAUAAUACCCUUGUGAGUUUACUGGACAAACAUGUUGUGAGUGAGAUAAAUAAACGAAAUACAAGAAAGCUGGAGUUUCUCGACAAGAUUAACCACAAUCAGAAUGAGUUCCAAGCUGAUUACGUUGCCAAAAAGAUGGCAGAGUUUAAGAAACUCAAGUGUGAAAUAUCUUCUGCAAAAAAGUUUUUGGAGUUGCUGUCUGAACAUUUCUCUACUUAUUUUAAUACAAUGGGGAGUUUAGGCGAUCGAUUAACCAAAAACAUGGGAAGGCAUGAUCUUGUGACAUUGUGGUUCGAGGAAAAACGCAUAAAUGAGCUAGCAGUCCAGAAAAAGAAGGAACAAAAGGAGAAGGCACGAGAUGCUUGUGAGGCUAGUUGGUCCAAAGUUGGCUUCUUUCUUAAAACUAUCUUACGCUACAUCAAAACUCUAUAAGCUCUUGGAACUAGCUUCUAAACAGAUUUAUUACUUUGUUGUGUCUUUCUGAAUUCCAGUCAUGAAACAAACUAU